CUCAGUUACUGUUAAACACUGCUGAUAUUCACAUAUAGAAAAGUUAAGAAAGAUACAAAAGAAAAUCCAAACGGAAUAAAGAACAAUUUUUUUUAUUAAGCAACUCAAUAAAAAUUGCGGUGAUAAAAUUGAAAAUUUUUUUAUUGUGAUUUUAAAAAACAUAUGAAGCCUAAAACAAGAAAACUAUAUUUUUUUAAAUUAAAAAUAAUAAGAAUCAAGUCAAAGACUACAAACUGAAUAUCAGAAAGCGUAUGUGACUUAUGUGUGUUUGACAAAAUUUGGAAAUUGUCAAAUUAAUUUUUAACAACAAAUUAAACAAAACAAAGAAACUGUGAUUUCUUCGUUAAAUAAAUUUUUAUUUAACAAGAACAAAAUAUUUAACUAAACCGUGCAUUUACAUGUAUUUUUGAUAAAAAAAAAAACAAAAUACAAAAAAAUAAUAAUAACAAAAACUAUACAACAAAACUUUUUGAAAGUUUUUAUUUUGUAAUAAUUGUGAAUCAAAAUUAAUCCGGAUAAAAUGGAAGUGUUAUCAGUGCAAAAUCAAUAUCCUGAACGUUUUACCGUCUUAACCAGUGGGACAACAAAAACUAAAGAUUGGUCAACGCCUAUCUCAAGUUCACGUGCGAACAAUACAACAUCUGCCUCACGUGCCACUCACAGCCCCGACCGACACAACAGUGUUGUCGUUGGCGCUACACCCCUGGAAGAAGAACUCAUAUACUGUGAUAAUAGCGAUGCAGCGGCCAUUAAUGAUUUGUCGCUGCGUCUGCUCGAUGAAUUACGUGAGGCCAAGUCCCGCAACUUGACCUGCACCGAAGUCUCCAUACCCUGUGAUCUCACCACACGCAUAGCGUCAGAUAUCCUACGCGUUUCUGAACGUGAACCCUGCGGCGUACGCGGUUGUACCGUCUACAUCGAAUUCGAAGAAGAACCCCAGAAUUCCCGCCGCAUUGGUACCCUUAAGGUGGACAAUGAAAUGGUGUCCACAUUUGAAUUGUAUCUAACCCUGCGCCAAGAUAAACGUGGCUGGGCCUCGUUACUGCCACAGUUCAUGAAGAACCUAUCGCGCAGCAUAACCAUCAGUCCCGAUUACAGUCUGACCAAACACAAACUGUAUUCGCCGUGUGAAAGUAGUUAGUGUGUAGGCGUUAUCCCCGCCUAGGCACUUCCACCUUCCUUAACUGCAGCUGAUGGUUGUAGUUGUAAUACAAAGAACUCCAUACAACACACCAGAGAACAACCCACCUUAAGGCAUACUCAUAUUACAAACGCUCAUCAUUAUCAUCAUCAACGAUGCACAUCCAAUGCGUGAUGUGUGUCACAGUUGUUGUUGUUGUUGCCGUUGUCCAGCUGCAAUGGACGCCAACAACAACAACGGAAAAGUAUCUCAAAAACCAACAACCAUUAACACAUUGUGAAUUCACCACCAUAUUAGCUUGUAAGUCUCUUUUCGUAAUAGUAUUUAAGUUAUUUUGUGAAAAAUGAAAAACAAUGAUAAAUCGUUUGUGUUUUGAUUUCAAAGGAACGUAAAUUGUGAAAAAUAUGGUCAGAUGUUUGCAAUUGAAGCUCGGCAACUUUUGUAUAUAAAUACAAGCUCCAAAGUUGCUGGAGUUUGCCAUCUACUAUAACUCAUUAAAAUGUGAUACUGAUUAAGUAGUAGUUCAUAAAUGUUAUAUAGUUAGCACCUAGGCUUUUUAACAAGAAAUCCACAACAAUAAGAAAUCCAGCAGAAAUUCGGCAAUAUCCCUUCCCCACUCAAACACACACACACACACAUAGUCAAUCCUAAAUAUUGAACUACCAGCCUCCAAAAUACAACCUAAGCCCCCAUCCAUAUCCACAGUAAAAACAAUAGUUCUUCUUUGUGUAAAUGUUUAAAAAUUAAGCUUUUUGAAAGAAAAAAAAGAAAAAACAAAAACAGUAAAAACCACAAUUUGCAAUAUCAGCAAAAUAUCAAUAACCACAGAAACAAAUGGAACUCCUCAACAUUGUGAAUGAUGAUAAUUUAUAAUGAAAAACAAAAACAAAUUAAUAAUACACAUAAAUAGAGAUAUACAUAAUAGCAACAUAAUAACAAUUAAAAAAUUCAAAAUUUUUUUUCAUUAAAUAGCAAAACAAAAAUAAAUUUCUUAACUGCGAUAUUAAAUAUAAAUUAAAAACAAAAUCCAACAAAUUAUGAAUUAUUCAAUAAGAUUAGAAUUUUUCAAAUUUUCUCACAUCUAAAUGUUCUUGUAGUCUUAUCAAUUAAACAAACAGAAAGUAAAUUUUUAAAAUGAAAAAAAUCUACAAUACAAUAAAAUAUAUAACAAAUUUCAAAUUAACAAUUUUAAAUGUUUAAAUAUUAAAUUCACAAAAACAAACAUACAUAUGUAAUCAAACCCCACACCAACCACCCUGGAAAGCAAAUAUAAUAACGCAUAGCAAAUCUUCUUCAAAUACCAAAUCUAUAUUUUUAACCAACAAAUUGAUCUGUAACUCUUUAAGUGUGUAUUAAUUAGUAUUUAAUAGGAUAUCCCAAAAAACAAAGCAACAACAAAUUAAUUUAUUAAACAACCAAGCAAACAACAACAACAACAAAAUUUCAUUAUCAUUAUUAGCUUUGUAUUAUUAAUUAAUUAACAAUAAUUAUAAUACUGAAAAAAAACUACAACCACAACAAGAAAACCAACCACAUACAAUAUACAUAUUUAUAAAUAAAAGAAAAACAAAAACAACACAAUGCAAGAAAAAUAUUAUAACUCCAUUAUUAUUAUAUACAACAAAGAAUUAUAUAUGUGUGUGUAAAAUGUAUUAUUUAUUAUUUAUAAUAACAACAACAAAAAUGAUAACCCUCAAGCACAUUGAUACAAGAAAAAGUAAUGAAUUAUCUUAUUCUUACAACUAUUAAUUAGUUAUCAUUAUUAA